GUGACAAUUUGAUUGUUAAGUGGGGAAAUUCUAAAAUGGACUUAACCCUUUAGCACUGGACCAUUUAAAUGCAAUGCUGGUGCCCAAUUUGAAGAGAAAAGCAAAUUCUCAAAUAAUUGCGGACAAUAUGUAUUAUAAAUUCGUUUGACGAAACCAAAAUAUCAACAACGGUUUUGGCGUCAAGUUAACCUUCCCGCGGCAGACGGCAGGGAGGUUAACUAAGUUAGACAUCAUCGCCCACGGAAUAAUCUUUAGUCCGAUGACGACUCGCAAAAAAAUAAGCCCGUCAGCUGACUGACAUCAACUGAGAAGCAUUUCUUUUCUUCAGAGAUAUCCGAGUUAGGAAACAAAUAAGUUAAUUCAGCAAGAUUAAUGAUUUGCAAUUUUGAACAAAUUUAGAUCAAUGACUCCGCCAGCCCACUAAGUAGUUUUUUGUAAAUGAAAUGGUGUUUCAUCAAAAGAUUGUUCAAUUAGAGAUUCCAUUCCAUUCGCUAUAUUGGCAGUGCAUGCGAUUGUUUUUUGACUUUAGCUCCUACGAGAGAUGUAUCUUAAAAGCUCUAUACCAAGGCCGUUAUAUCUUGAAUAAAAAGAAAGGAUACAAUCCUUGAUUGAUUGAACCAUUAUUUAGAUGAGAAGUUUCAACAAUUCACAAGCGUUGAUCUGGUGUUGUUUUUAGCAUGAUGAAAUGUUGAUCCAAAUUAAACAGAAAAACACCUAUCAGCUAUCAAAUUGGCUGUGAAAUAAAGCAGUGAACGUUGUGAAAGUCUGAAAAAAACAUCAUAUAUUUUAUCUUAUGAAUGGCAGGGCAGGUUGAUUUUUUUCUGAAUAGAUGAGUAUCUUACUUUUAGGUUUUUGCUCAAACGUCAUAACCAUAACAUCUCAGCCUUGUAGAUCUCAUUUAAAUAAACCUUAGGUAAAGUAGCUAACAUAUAUUAAUCCAUUAGAAAUAAUAGUAACACAUUUUGUCGAAUAUCUUUGCUGGUUUGCCAUAAUAUGAUAAUAUAUAAGGUUAUUCAAGUAAAAUUCCAUAACAUUUGUUAACUUGAUUUUUCUUUUAAUUCGUGAAAAAUUGAUAUCCAAUAUUUUGAAAAUUUCACCAUUUCACAGACCCUAUAGAAAUGAUAAUCAAGAUUUUGAUAUUGCUAUUAAAGAAAAUCCACGUUAGGAGACACUGCAUCCAUUUAGUUCCUAUUUUUUUUUAUAACUCUUUUCAGCCUCAUCAAUUUUAUAUUGUCAAAAACUGGUUACACACUACAAAAUAUUACUGCAAAUCUAUUUGAAUAUUCAAUCAUGAAACCAUAAUCAUGAGGUGUAGGGCUCUUUUAUAAGAAUUGUAGCAUACUUUUGCUCCGUGUUGCGUUUGAUCUUUUUUCCUUUCUAUUUAUCCUCUUUUGUCUCAGCUACUGCUUUCACAGUUUCAAUCUAUGUUUUUCUUGAUUUUUUCCUAUAGUUUUUACCUGCUAUUUUCGAUUCGACUAGUACAAAUAAAUGACUGAAAAAUGAUUCCUACGUUGCAUAUUCAUUCAGUUCUUUUUCAAAUAUGCCACAUAAAACAGAAAUAUUUAGAUUGUAAAAUGUCACAUCUACUACCAUGGUCAUUUGAAAAACUUCAUGUCAAGUCAAAAUAACUUUUUUAACUGUAAAAAGGAAUAUUAAACAUUAAAAACUAUCACAAUCUCUCGAUUUGUGGUCGUAUGAUUGAGUUAAUUACUAUCGUAGUUUAAUUUAUUUUUUCAAUUUUCAAAAACACCAAACAUAACUAAUAGUCUCGUCAUUACUUGAAUUUACAAAAUUCAUGAGUUUGAUAGAAAUAAGUUGCUCUUAUUCUUUGUUUUAGAGUUCUUCUAUGUGUGUUGCGAAGUUACUAGAAGCGGAUAAGUUUAUUCCUACUGAUAUACUGAAAGGUCUGUCACAUUUGGACACGCAUUUUCAGAAUUCGACUAAUAAGUUGCUGAAUACGCACUUCAAUACGGUUAAUGAUAAAGUUAAUUACGUGAAUGAACGCUUAACAGGAAUUGCAUCAAAUAAUUAUACGAAUCAAGAAAUUAUCCAAAAGUGUAUAACAGAAAAAAAACUAUCAGAAAUCCAGGCAAAUGAAAUUAAUUCACAGAUAAAACGAUGUGCUACAGUUAUACAAGCCCAAUAUGUAAAUGUUAUGUCAACAAGUUAUAAUGACGUUCAAGUAUUCGUAAGUUUUGCAACCGUGAUUUGGAAUGACAUAAAAAAAUGUGGAUUGAAUGAUAGUUGUAGGUGGCAAAUUGUUUUGGACACUAUUAACGAAACUGGACAGCUACCUUCGAAAGUAUUUUCUCUGGCAGCGAAAAUUCAAGCGCUUGUUUUAGAAACAAUUAUAGCCAUAAAUAGUUGUGCUAUUGACGGAUUGAAGAAAGUGAAUGCUGCUACUUUGGACGCAACAGAACAAAUAUUCAACUGUAUUGCCAAAGAAACUUCAAACAACAGUUGUAGCUAUUUGACUUGAACUGAAAUUAUUUUCAAUUAUAGCUUAUAUUUUCAAUGUUUUGUGACGAGAGAGUAUCAAAUUUGUACCUAUUAAAAUAUUUUAUGAAGUA